AUGGGUGGACAGGAGUUUUCGUAUGUACCGAAGAUUAUGAAUGGCGGGUUGGCAGGUAUAGUAGGUGUAACUUGUGUGUUUCCAAUUGACCUCGUCAAGACUCGACUACAGAACCAACCUAUUCUACCUAAUGGAGAGGUCCAGUACAAAGGAAUAGUUGACUGCGCAAAGCAGACAUGGAGGUCCGGUGGUAUUUCCGCGUUUUCGAAGAUUCGUGCCUUGUACUCUGGAUCAGCCGUCAACAUAGUCCUGAUCACUCCUGAAAAAGCCAUUAAGUUGGUGGCUAAUGACUUCUUUCGGCAUCAUCUGGCAGUGCCCGGAGAGAAGAAUCUCUCAGCAUGGCGAGGAAUGGUAGCGGGAGGAAUGGCUGGCAUGUUCCAGAUUAUAGUGACCACUCCUAUGGAGCUCUUAAAAAUACAAAUGCAGGAUCAAGGUCGAACUGCAGUACCCGGUCAAAAAAAAGUGACAGCACUCGAGCUCACUGUCAAGCUGCUGAAAGAGAAAGGGAUAGCAGGGUUAUAUAAAGGAUUAGGAUCUACUUUCGCUAGAGACGUCACAUUCUCCGUGAUGUAUUUUCCAUUGUUUGCAUAUCUCGACUCUCUGGGACCACGUAAAAGCGAUGGAAGCGGAGAUGCUGUUUUUUGGACCUCUUUUGUGGCCGGACUCGCAGCAGGGGCUUCAUCGUCAUUUGCAGUGACUCCUCUCGAUGUGAUCAAAACAAGAAUGCAAACAAUCAAGAAAGGAGAACAUGAAAUAAAAUACAAAAACAUAGGAGAUGCUUUCAUUAAAAUUCUUCAAAUGGAAGGACCCCGCGCUCUUUUCAAAGGAGCUGCAUGCCGUAUGAUGGUUAUGGCACCACUUUUUGGAAUCGCUCAAACAGUUUACUAUAUUGGAGUUGCAGAAAAGAUAUUGGGAGUUCAAAAAGCGACUCAUGUUUAA